UCUCCCCAGUCAGGGUAAAUCUGCCAACGAACGUAGACGUGCCUGUGUGCCGGGUUGAUGGUGUCCCAUAUGUGCAUGAACGAUGUGAUUAUUUCACGUUUUCAAUCAGCCGGCAACUAAAUUACAUUUUAUUAAAGGACAAACCCAUCAAAAUUUCACCAUAAUCGUAAUAGAUCGUUCGUAUAUGAUUAUAAGAAGAAAUUAAAGGGUAGGGGGAUGAUUUUUUUUCUUUAUAUGGGUCCAAUCGAUUAAUGUGAUUAAACGAGAUCAGAGGAUCAAUAUAUACGGUCCCAUAUUUAAUUGGGACCGUAAACGAACACCCCCUACCCCCUGGACAAUAACCAAUACUUAUUAUACUCUUUACGCUAACUGGAAUUUAUUUAUUGGUGCGGUUUUCUCGUUAGUUGUUUUUUUUUCACUUUUCUUGUUAGUGAGCUUUCGUUGGUUUAUUCGGUAUCGUUAUACCGAUGGGAUUGUUAUUAUUUGUUAUAUCGGAUUGUGUAAUUUGAUCGUCAUUGUGAUUUUUAUAUUUGAACUCUAGGUCUGUUUAAAUGUAUAGAUACUAUGUACGUAUGAAAAAUAGAUAAAAAAUGUUGCGUUUAUAUGUUCUUAUGUGACACUGUGCGAAUUCAUUGUGUUAUCUGGAAAACACUUUUUAGACAUUGUGUUAUAAUCGGUGACCACUCUUGGAGGAUAAGAUUUUCUUUUCUUAAAUUGGAUUCAGUGAAUCAAGAUUAGAUACCAUUUGGGAAUGAAGAUCAAAGAAAGAAAAAGAAUUCGUAUAUUGGUGGUACAGUUGAAAUGAUCUUUAUUGAUUACCAAAUACUUUGAAAUGGUGGUUAAAACGUUCAGAAAAUAAAUACGAAGAAAAAGAUAAAUGAUAAGUGAUCGUAAAGUGAUGAUAGGACAAGUUUAAAGAAUAGAAAUAAAGAAGUGACUUUUUUAGUGGAUAGAAAAAACAAAACGCACAUUUGGAAAAAUAUUUUGAAAAAAGAAAAGGAAAAAAAGUGAUAUCUUCGAUAUUUUUGAACUAUCGACUAAAACUUUUCUCAUAACGAUCUUUGAAAACGUUUAUCGAAAGGAAAUAUAUAUAUACACAAUAUUAGAACGAUCUUCUUUAGGAAGUUAUAACUCGUGUAGGGAAAGGGCUGAUUUGUGUGCUUAUUUGUUCGCGUAUAUUCGUUAAGGCCCACAUAUACAUAAACACACACAUAUAUAUAUAUAUACACUCAUAUACACACAUAUACAUAAAAACGCAUACGUAGUCACUUUGGGUGUGGAAUUCACGGUGUCGCAAAAGUUUCGAAGAUCGAGUGGUUUAUUUCACUUUGGCAAAGUGAAACGACAGUUCGAAAGCUCUUCAGAUACUUCGAUCGAUCUUUUUUUUUUUAUCGAUCAAUCGAUCAAAUUUCUUCCUCUUCCUCUUCCUCUCUCUCUCAUUUUUUUCAUGUUGUAUUUUUUUUUCUCCCCUUCUCCCGUGACGUGUAUCACAAGUUGGACAAACCCUUACACACACACUCACACACAUACACACAUACACAGACACGAAAACGCGAAGAGAUAAAGUUACAAAGAAAUAAACUUUAAAUGAUGGAAGAACUAAUGAUAAUAAUGUGAAUCGUUUGAAAAAAAAAAAAACAAGUGGACAACGUUUUAACACAUAACUUCUUGGAAAUGGCUUUAAGAUGGCAAGCCAGACUCUCCAUCGCUGCCAUACUGUUCAUGUGCACCGAAGACACGUUGAGCCUGGGUGACCGGACGUUGGAUAACAUGGAUAGAAGAACAAGUCAAAGUAAUAGGCCUCGUCAACAAAUUUUGGAUAAUUCGUCGGGUCUAAAAAUCAAACCAGAACCAAGUUUCGAUUAUUCGCAAAAUACGAACGUGACUGCGUUGAUAGGAAAAUCGGCCUAUCUCAUUUGCCGAGUACGUAAUCUCGGUGAUAAAACGGUAUCCUGGGUUAGGCACAGAGACAUUCACAUCUUGACGGCCGGUGCUUACACGUAUACGAGCGACCAACGAUUUCAAGCAUUGCAUCAAAAAAAUACAGGUCAGAACAGCGAAUGGUCGGAGUGGACACUUUGCAUAAAGUGGGCACAGGAAAGAGAUCAAGGAAUUUACGAGUGCCAGAUAUCAACCAUUCCUGUAAAAUCGCAUCAGUUUCGAUUGAACGUCGUUGUACCUACAGCAACGAUACUAGGUGGUCCAGAAAUGUACGUCGGUGCAGGAAGUACGAUAAACCUGACGUGUACCAUCCACUUCAGCUCGGAACCACCGGCCUACAUCUUCUGGUACUACAAUGAGAACGUCCUCAGUUACGACAGUCCCAGGGGCGGUGUUUCGGUGAUAACCGAAAAGGGUGGCGACGUCACAACCUCCUGGCUUCUCAUCCAAGCUGCACAACCCUCUGACUCUGGGGAAUAUAGCUGCACACCCAGCAAUGCCAAUACGGCCUCCAUUAGGGUUCACGUACUCCAUGGUGAGCGACCGGAAGCGAUGCAAACUGGAACAGCGGGACCCAUUUUAUCUUCGAGCUGUCUUUUGGUGUCUCUGAUCAUUUUGUACAUAUCCUCGAUAUAAACGAACUUAAAAAGUAACCUUAACGAAUGUCGCUGCAAUGCCGUUUAGAUCGUGUUUAAAAAAUCCAUCGAGAGGUACGUUUCUCAUUUUGAAAUAAAAAUCUCGAUUAUAAUAUAUACGAACGAAAAAAAAAAA